GUGGCAUUCGUGAACGCAAAUAGGUCGUCGCGUUUACCUUUUUCUUUUUCACAUGUGUCGGUUUACCAUCUGUCUGUUUAGUCCAGAUCAGCGUUGUCAAGUCCCACACAAUCCGCUCGAAAACGAAUGGAAUUUUAAUCAAAACAGCCGUUUUAUUUAAUUGUUGAUAGUGCAGAAAUAGUGUUUUCAUGUAUAACAAAUAUUAGAAAUUCCCAAAGACCGGAAGAAAAACCCGUUUUAACUUUCAGCAAAACCCAGUCUGGUUAACUGGCAACGCCGCAACAGCUGUCGCUCAGUGUCAAAUUGCGUUGUUGUGUUUACGUUUUGCCAUGGUAUUAGUGAAGCCUGAAGAUUAUUUGGGUGAUCAUCCGGACCCAGUCCUCCUCAAAUAUAAAGACAAAACUCCCAGAAAUGUCCUGACAUUUUCCGACGGCGUUUUGGAGGAGUACAGCAGCGAUGAGGAGGAGAAAACACCUUCUGCCCUCAGCCCGAGCAUCGUGGAUCCGAGCACACUAACUUGGGGCCCCUGGAUGCUCUACAAGACUUGGGCAGCCGGAUACACUACGCUCUCUUUCAUUGAUUAUAUAGGCGAAGCUCUGGCUUCCUUCUUCGGCAUUACCACUCCAAGAUACUACUUCGAGCUGGAAGAAUACAAGCGGCGCAAGGCCGAAGAGGAGCGGGAGGCAGAAAAAGCUAAAGGGUGGACAGGCGAGAAUACUGAGGUGGUUGAAGUCCAGCUGACGGCAGUGAAUGAACUGCCUAGUCAACCCAAUGUAGGCGUUUAACUAGUGGAUUUUUCAUAUUCUCUAAAUUAGCUAUUUAUAAAUUUGUAACGAUUUCAUACUAUCUAACUUUCAGUUUCCUUAAGUGUUAAUAACCCAUGAACAAUUAAAAGAAGUAAAAAAUCUGAA